ACAGGCGCAACAGGGAAUGCUGUGGAUUGGCCACUGGGUAGGGUGCAUGGUCAACUGGGUUGACAGUUCGAGGCGUUCUAGUACAUUUUUGUACACCCCAAGAAAGUGCAUAUUCGUGGAAUUUCUUCAUAUUUUGUGAAUUCUCGUGGAAGAUAAUGGCUGGAUCAGCGACUGAGGAUACACUGACCACGAGUUCUGACGUCAAGGAAGAGCGUGAGACGAAGAAGGAACAGGAGAAUGUGGAGAAUGGAGGUGAUUCCUCAAGUACUUCUAGCUCUGAAUUGCCGCAAGAGGUCCAGAUGAAGCAUCCACUUCAGCACACCUGGUGCCUGUGGUACAUGGAGAACAAUCGUACGAGAAAGUGGGAGGACAAUCUUGUGGAGAUUACGAGUGUUGACACGGUGGAGGAUUUCUGGAGUCUCUAUAACCAUGUCAAAUUGCUGAGUGAGAUGAAAUCUGGCACGGACUUCAAUCUCUUCAAGAAAGGUAUCAAGCCCAUGUGGGAGGAUCAAUACAACAAGCGCGGUGGCAAAUGGAUGAUUACCCUGGAUAAAUACCAGCGACACACGGAAUUUGAUCGUCUGUGGCUGGAUAUGCUGCUGUGUCUGAUCGGUGAAGUGUUUGAUCAUCCGGAUGAGAUUUGUGGAGCUGUGGCCAGCAUACGUGGCAAAGGAGACAAGAUCUGCGUCUGGACGAGAUCGAGUCAGAAUAAGGCAGCGAAUCUACAGAUUGGACAGAACAUCCGCGAUCGCAUGAGACUUCCGCCCAACAUGAAGAUCCAGUACGUGCUCCACAAUGAUACAUCUGCCAAUAGCAAGCACGGAACUCCCAAUGCUAUCUAUGAACUAUAAGCUCCCCUGAAUACCCAUUUAAUUUUUCUUCAGCUCCCCCUUUAAUUCAGCGACCCCCAUCUCGAAGUCCAUUCUGGAAUUGUAUUUAACCCAAAAAAAAAAGGAAAAUUCUAGGUGUAUUUCACAAUUGCAAUCGAUAUCACAUGGGAUUUAUUUGAAUUAAAAUCAAUUUAUUAAAAAAAAA